AUGUCGAAUGAUUUUGAAAUCGACGCACUCAGUCGCAUACAAAUCGACAGUGUAACGUGCCCUAUAUCAACCGAAUAUCACAAGACCGCCGAAGCACAAGACAGAGAUAGCGACAACAUCAAACAUCUAUCGAAGCAAAGUAACUUGUCCAUCAAGCAAGUUACAAUGCCAAUGACGCAUCUACCUAUCUACUGUGAAGCCUCAACAUCAACCAUGCGACCAUACCUACCAGAAGAAUGUCGUCGCGAAGUCUUCAAUGCACUGCACAACAUCAGUCAUCCAGUUGUUAGAGCAACAAGAAAACUCUUCACUGGAAAAUUAUUUUGGCCUUCAAUACAAGUGGAUGUUGACAACUGGGCGAAGCAAUGCAUUCAAUGCCAAAAAUUCAAAGUACAAAGACAUACAUCAAGCAGCCUAGCUUCAUUUCCACCUACGGAGAGAUUCGAACACCUGCACGUUGACAUCGUUGGACCAUUACCUACUUCACCGCAAGGACAUCGUUACCUCGUGACAAUGAUCGACAGAACAACAAGAUGGCCAGAAGCAAUACCUACCGAUGAUACUUCAGCUGAAUCCGUCGCGAAGAUAAUUUAUGAAAAUUGGAUUACUCGUUUUGGAUCACCCAAAACCAUCACAACAGAUCAAGGAAGAAACUUCGAAAGCAACCUAUUCCUCAAACUUCUUCAAACUAUGGGAAUACAGAAGACACGUACAACGGCAUACCAUCCUCAAUCAAACGGAGUAGUCGAACGAUGGCAUCGUACAUUGAAGACCGAACUCAAAACUCGUUUAUCUCAACAUACGAGUACAAAGUGGAUUGAUAAGCUACCUACAGAGCACUGUAGGUAG